AUGGCAGCGCCAUCCAAUAAAUCCACCCCUAUGGCUCAGUCUUCCACCCCUCCAGCUGCGGCAACGGCGACAGCAUCUGCUAUCCUCGAGAAGACCCACCCAGGCGUGCGCCGUUCCACCCCAGACUCGGAUGCACUGGCUUCCUCUGACGAUGAUGGAGAGCACGGGACACAAGCGCAACAUAUUAUUCCCCCUACCACCAGACCACCGGUCCGCCGCACCUCAUGGUUGAAUGAAGUGCCCCUUUCCGCCCAGCGUAAACAUUCUUUGCCUGGAGGUCACCUUUCUUCUGCUCCGUCCAACCCCACAAGCCCUGCCAGUGAUCAGGCACCAUGGGCGACAACUACGAGUCCAGGUCUUACCGGAUCUUUCAAUUGGAAUCAAACCGGAGGAAGUACAUUCCCCUGGGGCACAGGUACGGGAAUCUGGAACACUGAAUCACGCAAGGAACCACCUUCUCGCUUGGCAGAAAUGGUACCCUCACCAACCAUGACCAACCCACCUCCUUCAGGCGGCAACAUAUCAGACGAAAUGUUGAGCCCAAUCACCCGCACCAUCUCUGGUGAAUCUGCAAUUCCAUUCUCUAUUCCGUUACAGCCAACUCUGAAAACCUAUCGCUCUCAGUCAUAUUCUGUUGGUCAGAUGGACCCCGAGUUCCUUACCCUCGCUGCUAGCAAGGUCGGUGUGACUCCUACUCCCGGUGCGCAAUACCCAGGAAGUCGCUCCCGCGGUCCAGGCCAAAUGUCUGCUGUUCAGCCUCGGGCAUCACGUCCUAGUAUGCUCGGAGAAUUAGGACACGAUACUGCAAUGCUCGGUCGAGUCCGCGAGGAUGAUGAUGGCGAUGAGAGUCUCAAUGACUCGGGAAGCGAUUUGAGCUACUCAGCAAGUCAGGCUCGGCAGAUUGAGCAGCUGGCACGCGAGAAUGCACUCCUACGGCAAGCCGCUGCGGCAGGCCAAAUGGAUAGCAGAUUCCGUGAGCGGGCUGGAUCAGCUGUCUCAAUCGGCGGAGGUCCUCAUCCACUACAUCGCACCCGAGGCGGUGCUACAGAGGGAGAUUUGGCUGGAGAGGAUCCAGGAGAAUUGCGUGAUAUUGCCGGAUACAACAAUAUGCGUGGCAGUUCUCGUCGCCGCUUCUCUGAACAUUUAGCGCACCCAGAACAGCAGUUCUCAUCCUUCACCUCUCCACUGGAAAAUCGAGCUCUGGAUAAUGUCCGCAAGGCCCAUUGGCAAACGUCUCUAGGCUUCGGUGGCAUGCCUGACAUGCCUCAAAGUCGUCGACAUUCUUUCGCGGAGAUCCCGAUGCGCCAUGGCUCGAUCGGUACUGUGGACUCGCAUGCGAGUGCUACUCCUCGCGCAGCCAUGGGAGACCGUGAUGACGGAUAUGGCAAUCUUGCCGACUAUCCCAGCCAAUCCUACUACCCCCGUGAACAGACCCUGCGUGGAGAUGGCUCCUCUGGUGUUCCGUCAUCUCUCAGCCAAUAUGCGAUGUCGAACCCAUAUGGUCGUCAGCCAUCCACACUGUCUCAUGCGCAUCAAAACCAGCUUUUGUACAUUGUUGCCUUCAAAUGCAGCCGUGCAGACGUUUUCUACAUCCAAGAAGAUACUGGUCUCCAGGUGAAAAAUGGUGACUUAGUCAUUGUGGAGGCUGACCGAGGAACCGAUCUGGGCACCGUCAUUCAUGCCAACAUAUCGCUCCAACAGGCACGAGAGUUAAAGCAGCAUUACGCAGAAGAACAUUACAAAACCCUCAUGAUUUUCUCUAGACACGGGCAACCUGAAGCAGCCAACCUCACCAACCCCAACACAGGCUUGAACACUCGCGGCACCACAGGUGGCAUGGGUCCCCAUGGUCCUCACAAUGUGCAGGAAGCCACCACAGACAUCAAACCCAAGCUCAUCAAGCGCCUGGCACAGCAACACGAGGUCCUAACCUUGCACGACAAGGAAGGAAACGAAGCCAAAGCCAAGCGGGUCUGCCAGCAAAAGGUGGUUGAGCACAGGCUUAAUAUGGAGAUCCUCGAUGCUGAGUUCCAAAUGGAUUGGAAAAAGCUUACGUUCUACUACUUUGCUGAUUCGUACAUCAACUUCAACUCGCUGGUGACUGAUCUGUUCAAGAUCUACAAGACUCGCAUCUGGAUGUCAGCCAUCAACCCGGCCUCGUUUGUCACGCCCCCUACAGCUGGCCUGUCCGGUCCUGGCCCCAUGCCCAACCCCCUUUAUGGCCAGGAGGACCGUCGCCACCAACUUGAAAACCGAUCCUAUGGCGGAGCUCGAGAUCCCAUCGACUCAGGCCGAGAGAUGCCAAACCCCGUGGGCAUGCUUCGCACAUCAUACGGCGAGUCCUACCAGCCCUUCUCCCAGCCAUCCCGUCACUCGGACGGACCCCCUUCGGAUAUCUUCGCCCAACAGGCACCAUCCAGCUUUGGUCCAGCAGAUUCAUUCGAAUAUCCUGGCAACGUCGGAGGCUCCAAUGGAUCUUCACGUAUGCACCCAGCACAAGGCGAAUGGAUCAACCGAUUCCAGGGCCUAUCGCUCAACUCCUAG